AUGGCGAUGAGGCUGCUGCCGUGCGCCGUGGCGGUCCUCCUCCUGGCGGCCGCCCUGCGUCUGGACAGCUGCCACGGCGCCAAGGUGCUGGUGAUGCCCACCAUCGUCUUCGACAGCCACCUGCGGGUGUUCGUGCGGGUGGCGGAAGCACUGAACGACCGGGGUCACGAGGCUGUGCUGCUCCUGCACGAGGGCCGGGAAUCCGAGCCCGUCCCGCCAGGCCUGCGCGUGCAAACAUACAAGGGGAUCUUCAGCACGGAGAGCGCAGACGCCUGGGUGCAGGAGAAGAUCCGGGGAGUCUUCCAGGGGAAGAAGACCUCCCUGGAGAUCUUCUCCUUCCUGGAGAAGUACUUGGAAAACUGCGACCUGGUGCUGGGGGACACAGCCCUCCUGCAGCGGCUCUGGGGGGAAGGCUUUGACUUGUUCGUGGUAGACCCCAACGAGAUGUGUGGCUUCAUCCUGGCCCACCUCCUUGGCGUCAAGUACGCCGUGAUCUCCACCGGCUUCUGGUACCCGGCCGAGAUCGGCGCCACGGCGCACUCCCUGAUGACGGACAGGAUGGGGCUGACGGGCCGGGCGUGGAAUCUCCUGGUCUACGUGAUCACCCGCAUGGCUACCAAGCUGCUCAUCCUGCCCAAGUUCGACCACCUCAUGGAGAAACACGGGGUGGAGCCGCGCACGUCCAUGCUGGAGCUCGUCCACGGGACCAGCCUCUUCUUCCUGUGCAACGACGUGGUGCUGGACUUUCCUCAGCCCACACUGCCCCACGUCGUUUUCACCGGCAAGUUCCCAGCCCAGCCCGGUUCCCCUCGGCUUCCCGUCUCUGUCUUUUCUGCCAGGUACUUUGGCCAGAAGCCGCCUAACCUGGGUGAGAACACGCUCAUGUUGGAGUGGCUGCCCCAGAACGACCUGCUGGGUCACCCCAACGUGAAAGCCUUCGUCAGCCACUGUGGGAUGAACGGCAUCUUCGAGGCCAUCUACCACGGCGUGCCGGUGGUGGGCUUCCCCUUCUACGGGGACCAGUUCGACAUCAUGACGAGAGUCCAGGCCAAGGGUCACCCCAACGUGAAAGCCUUCGUCAGCCACUGUGGGAUGAACGGCAUCUUCGAGGCCAUCUACCACGGCGUGCCGGUGGUGGGCUUCCCCUUCUACGGGGACCAGUUCGACAUCAUGACGAGAGUCCAGGCCAAGGGCAUGGGGAUCCUCAUGGACUGGAGCCGAGUGAGCGAAGAGGCCCUGUACCAAGCGGUGGUCACCAUCCUCGCCGAGCCCAGCUACGAGAGAGCAGCCAAGCAGAUCUCGGCUCUGCACCGCGACACGCCCAUGCCCGCCUGGGGCCGUCCCCGUGUCUCCGCCAUGGCGCUCAGGACUCCUUUGGGCGCAGCCGGCUCGGAGCUGUGA